CGAAUGAAUCAGACAGCCAUGACAAAAGACACUGUUAUCCUAUCUGAGUAUGUAAGUUAUGUAUAAAAGGCUUGUGCAACGUUAUCUUGGGAACUCAGACAAAUAUGGGGUUGUAUAGAGCGGUUAUACUUGUUGCAACUGCGCUAGUUUUUGUGGUUAACAUCGCUCAAGCAGACGUCUGCAAAGGGCGAAGCACGGUGGUGGAAAUCAAAAUACCUAACCGUACAAACGUCACAAUACAGUAUCCAAAUCAAAAUAAUCCUGUGGAAUUCGUGCCCUAUCCGUACCAACAGCCAGGCAGUUCAAAUAAACCUGAAUGCUAUACAUGUCGAGGAUCUAAAUGUCAGAGAUGUAAUAAAGUUGACCAAAAUGCCCAUUACAGCAGACCGCCAUCUUACACGAAAACUAAUAUAAUAAUAGAUCUUACCAAAGAUAAUUCUAAGAAACCAUCACAAAAUGGAAAAGACGGUAACGUUAAGAAUGGAACAGUCAUCAUUUUGCAAGACGAUAAUAAAGCAUCUAGCACUAGUGGUUCCUCAGCUAAAGGGGGCAAAGGAUUAUCGGCGACGAGCUCAGCGUCAACAUCAAUAUCCAAUACUGACAUAGUUGCUUCUCUAAAUGAAAAGGAGAGCGUUGGCACAUCUAAACCGGGUAAUACAGAAGACAUUUAUGUAUUAGAUGCUUCCAAGUCUGUUUCAGCCUCCUUAUCAAGUGCUUCUGCUGGUGAAAAACCAAAUAAAGAUCAAUCACACCCAGCUAAGCACCCGUCCCCUUCACAACCGUCUAAGCACCCAACUGCGGAACAUCCAGCCCCGCCGCAACAUCCGUCUGAGCCAAACAAAGGAUCGCCAUCACCCCAACAUCCAGGUUCAACGUCCCCUCAUCAAGGAUCGCCAUCAAACCAUGAACCAUCUUCACCUUCAAAGGACCAAUCGUCUUCGCCCGAUCAGGGUUCGCCAACAAAUCAACCAAGCCAACAUGAUCAACACAAACAUGAGAUAAAAACAGAAGUAGAUGCUGAAGCAAAAGCGAAAGCAUCAUCAACCAAUGACUAA